CCUUGUUGAUCCUCGAAAAGCAAAAAAUACCAAGCCUACAGAACAAAAUCUCUGUACUUAUUCUAAUGACUGUGAAAGAUUUCAAUCUAUUCUGAUUCUAUCUUUUUUCGACAUGGUUCCACUACUCUGUGUAAUUUUUCUGUCACUUAACGAAAAAUGGCUAUCACCAUAAAACUUCUAGCGACGCAGACUACACAUUCGUCAAUGGAAGGAGAAAGUCCAAUAGUUACAAACGAAAGCGUGCCACAUGCGAAGGAUGAUGAAGACGAGCUUCAACCGCUUGCACCACGUCAGACCAUACACUUCAUUCAUUGUAUAUCUUGUUAUGUUGCGAACUGUGAUAUGGAGAGCAUUGUAAAGUGUUCUGUACUUCGAUGUCCGCAAUGUGCUGCUCGAAUGCAUGAAUGCAAGAUAGAGGAUCAUCUCAAGGAAAUUUGUUCCAAAGUGAUCGUCCCAUGCAUCAAUGCUAGUUUUGGUUGCGACAGAAUGGUGAGGAGGGACAAAAGGUCACGACAUCUUGAGAGAUGCUGUGCGAGUGUGGUAGUUUGUGGAAGAGAAUGGGCAAGGUACGCCCUAUCGCCCAUGUCAAAACUACAGCUGAAAAAUUGGGGGAAGAGAAUCGAGGCCGAGCCGGUGAGAAACUUCCGCAAUCUUCCGCUCGAUAUAGCUCUUACGUUCUCCGACCAAGAUGUCAUCAGAUGGUCUGCAUCCAUCGCAUCCUGUCCUGCCUUUGAGGGAAUACGCAAUUACGAUGGGACGUUAGUGGGUGCUUCCGAGUUCAAAGACGCCGAGAACAGUAGUGAUGAAGAAAGGCGGGUGAAGGAGGCUAAGCUGAAGAAAAAGAGAGCUAUGUUCGCUAACUGCUACAUGUGUCAGAUAGAUCCUUCAAGUCAACAUCUGCAUACCCUCGGCAACGAAUCAUCGAAAUACGAUCAGAUUAGAAAAGUGAAGAAAAGGGAUAGAGAUAUAGACGAAUUUCAUAAGAUGUACGAUCUCCAGAUUAACAUCUCGCCCGAAACUAUGCCAGAAUUUCUUGUGCGAGGCGAAAACAUAGCCUUCAUUCGUGCCGGUGGGUCGCUCUACACGAGGAGAUGCCUGAAGACAUUUCGACGAACUGAAUAUGCCGAUCAUCACCUAUCGCAGCAUGUGCGCUCUAUAGAUAGUUUAUCAGAUCUAGUUGAAAUAGAAUCACUUCCCGGAUGGUUGAUUAGACCACUGAUAGACUAUUUACCAAACUCCGCUAUUCGUUCUUUGUCACAAACAUGCAGAUCGUUAAGAGAAACAAUCUUUGCAUGCGCAAAAGAAAGAUCAAUGGUCAGCUUGAUAUGGGAAAAGCGUGAUGGCUGCUGGUUUGAAAGCGGAGUAUCUAUUGACUUCUCCGUUGCGGAAGGUCCUCCGCAGUUCGACUGGGAACCAGCGAAGGAGCUCAGCGACCAUCUGGCUCACUGCACAUACAACGAUGUCUUUGAAUACGCAGAAAGCCGUGUCCCCGUCCUUGCUGCUAAUCUCCAGCAGAUCACCAAUGAAUUUAUGAUAAAAUUACCGCACUUUAUUUGAUUCACUGGGUACUACUUCAUCUAAGCUCACCUUACCUAAUUUAUAAUCAUACUUUGCCUUCGAGAAUACCAUCAUUGUUCAUUUUAGUAACUCUUCUCGUAGGUUACGUCGAAUGUACUCAAGGGGCACCUAUCACCCUCUUUCCCGAUCCUUGGUUCCGAUUUGAUUGAGCUUAAAGGCAGUGUCCGGGCAAAAAGUCGAUUUUGAGAUUUUGUGCUUACCCGGC